CGCCACAGGCCAGUUUCCACUUGGAAAGUCUGGGUUGCCGCCCACUCUUCCCUCUGGUUGUGAAGCAGUUUAUGCACAGUUGUUGCCUUACAGGAGCUUUGGAAAGACUGAGUGUCUACAAGAUGGCAUCCCAGCAGCUCUCUCUGAGGUUCAUGGGGCUAAUGCUGAUGCUGUUAGCUCUUAGCGACGCAUCCAAUGACAGCAGCUUACACAAGAUCUUCAGGAAAAGAGACGUGGCAGGAGCUAGUACUGCCCCAUCAAAGUUCUCUGUUGCAGUCCCUUCAUCCAAGGCUCAGGAGUUCCUGGCAAAGCUGAGCAGAACCAAGAGGAACAUCUGGGAUCGCAGCAGACCAGAUGUGCAGCAGUGGAUCCAGCAGUUUAUGUACAUGGGCUUUGAUGAGCAGAGGCUGGAGGCCGACCUGUCGUACUGGAUGGACCAGGCACGCUCCAGUGACCAAGGACGUCAGCACCACUACGAUGAAAACGCCCCCAUCGGCCCCCGUGACCCUUCUGCUUACAGACACGGAGCGAAUGUCAACUACGACUACUAUUAACUCCAGUCACACGCACCUGCUCACUUCCAGCAUCUUCAGAGGACAUUACAUGGAGUUAGAUGUAUUUUCUGGUGCUUAGCCUCACCCUCACCCCCCCAACCUGAACCUUACACCCGAACCUCAAACCGAGACUUCAUCCUCGAAAUUUAAUCAUUUGUGCUCUGGGUGCUUGAUUUUUGGAGGACAAGUGUGUAUAAACACACACAUCCCUGCUUCUUUGUCUCAGUUAGUGCCCUGCUUCCUCCUUUGUGUCCUUUCCUCCUGCUUUUUGUCUUCAUUUUCUACACCUAUAACUCUAACCCACUUCCAACUUGUUCUUGGGCAUAACACAGAAAGUGUGUUUUUGCUCUCACUUAACCCUCCUGUUGUCCUCAUUUACAGGCACAAAAAAAAUACAGUUUCCUUGUCUGAAAUUUUUUUUAAAAAUUCGGCAAAAAAAUUCCCCAAAUUUCUGAAAAUUUCCAAAACCUUCAGCAAGAAAAUUCCAUUAAUUCCUUAAAAGUUUAACUUAAAAAUUUUAUUUAAAAAAACACCCCAACUUUGGCAAGAAAAUUCUUGUAACUAUUUUCAAAAAAUGAGUAAAAAUCUUCCAAAAAAAAUCCUAUGAAUAUAUAGUGAUUCUAUAUAGAUCAGUAAAACUUCUAAUAUUUUCUUUAACAACAAUCACAUAAAAAUCAACCAAAAUCCAGCAAAAUUCGCUGGAUUUUGGUUGAUUUUUAUGUGAAUGUUCUUAAGAAACAUUUUUUAAACAUUUUUUUUUCCACCAAAAAAUUUUCAGAAAUUUCCCAAAAAUAUUGAAAAUGUGGACAUCAGAAGUUUCACUGUGAAAAUAUUUUUUUUCCCCACAUUUUCAAACUUUAAAACUGGUCAAAUUUGACCCGCAGGACGACAGGAGGAUUAACAUCAACCUGCUUGAAAUCGAACGCUUUGAGGCAGCUGAUUUGUACCAAAAACUGUUCAGAUCUGACAUUGUGGCUCCAUCUUUGGUUGUAAAUAAAGAUGCAGCUCCAUCCUC